AAAUCACCCUACCCUUUUUCUUUCUUCCACUUGCUCGAGGCUUCUAACAUCAGAGACGUUAACUUUGCAUCAAUUUUCCACUCAGAGACAAUUAGAAUCGCGAAUGUAGUGGAAGUGAAGGUUGGUUUUCACUGUGAUGAGUGUAUCAAGAAAAUUCUCAAGGCCAUCAAGAAGAUUGAAGAUAUUGAGAAGUAUAACGUGGACAAACAGUUGAACAAGGUCAUCGUUACAGGGAAUGUCACAACGGAAGAAGUGAUUAGAGUUCUUCAAAAGAUUGGCAAGAAUGCUACCCCAUGGGAAAAUCCUAAACCCCAACCCAAUUGCUGAAUAAUUUACAAUUCCAGUUAACACUUAAAACGUAGCCUUAAAGUUUUUUUUUUCCUCAAGAAACAUAUAAAUCAAAGGAGUUAUAUCGUAUUACGCACGAAGUAAAAUCUUAUAAUCUAUGUAGAGGUUUAUAUUAUA